AUGGCCGAGCGGCUGUCGGAGGAGAAGAUCACCGAGUUCAAGGAGGCGUUCUCGCUCUUCGACCGCGACGGCGACGGCUGCAUCACCACGCGGGAGCUGGGCACCGUCAUGCGCUCGCUGGGCCAGAACCCCACCGAGGCCGAGCUGCAGGACAUGGUGGGCGAGGUGGACGCCGACGGCAGCGGCACCAUCGACUUCCCCGAGUUCCUGUCGCUGAUGGCGAGGAAGAUGAGGGACACGGACAGCGAGGAGGAGAUCCGGGAGGCGUUCCGGGUGUUCGACAAGGACGGCAACGGCUACAUCAGCGCGGCCGAGCUGCGGCACGUCAUGACCAACCUGGGCGAGAAGCUGACGGACGAGGAGGUGGACGAGAUGAUCAAGGAGGCCGACUGCAACAACGACGGGCAGGUCAACUACGAGGAGUUCGUGAGGAUGAUGACGGAGAAGUGACGGCCCCGCCAGCCACCUCCAGCUCCAUUCCACAGGGAACAGAGGUUGUGGUGGUUCUCCCCCAGCCCCUCCAUCCCCUCCCAUCUUCUCCAGGCUGGAAAAAUCCUCUUUUAUCCCAGUUGGAGCAUCACCAAUGGCGUCUGCAUCGGGUGUGGGGUGCAGAUGGAUUUGGGGUCCCCGUGGGAUGUCUCGUGUCUGUAGAUAUUCCAGAGGCCACUGAGAAUUCCCUGACAUCCCUGAGUCCAAUAAAAACGUCCCCC